AUGAAUGACCUCGAGCCGCCCGAUGCACUACUUUUGUACGGGCUAGGAGUCCGGUUCGACACCCGCUACGAGUUGAAAGGCGCCCCCGAUGAUAUGGAUAGCGCUAUUGUCAUGUUUCGACGUGCAGUCGAACUCACGUCAAAGGGCGAUCCGGAGCGACUUCUGCGACUUCUCCGCCUGGGCCUUUGUCUGGACGAGCGUUUCGACCGAACAAGCACGAUUGAAGACCUCAACGACGGUAUUAAGACGUUUCAACCCGUGAUGGAGUUGAUACAAGACGAUAAUCCUAUCAAACCCGAACUCCUCUUCAAGUACGGGCUAUACUUCCUGAAACGCUCAAAGAGGGCGGAGAAGCUCGGAGAUGUCGACGGUGCGAUCAAAGCCUUCAGCAGAGCGGUCGAGCUCUCAGCAGAUGAGCACCCAGGAAAGUCGGCGUGCUUAGCUAACUUGGGUACUGCCCUCACGAUACGCUUCAGGCGUACCGGAGAUCUCGAUGACAUCGGACGUGCUAUCUCAGCUCAUUCCCGCGGACUGGAUCUUACAUCAGACAAUAGUCCUGAGAGGGCGUCGCAGUUGAACAACCUGGGGAACGCGUAUCUCGUACGGUUCAGGCGUACUGGCGGGCCUGAAGAUCUUACGCUGGCUACUGUAGCCCAUCACCGCGCGAUCGGGCUCAUGGCUGAUGACCAUCCAGACAAAGCAUUGUUGUUCACCAAUUUGGGAAAUUCGUUUCAUAAAGCUUUUGAGCAGAACGGAGAACUCGAAGAUCUGGAGAAGGCCAUCUUGGCUCACCAUCGUGGGGUUGAUCUUACUCACGACGAUCAUCUCGAGAAGCCAGGGCAGCUAAACGCCCUAGGAGUGUCGCUCUUGACCCGGUUUGAGCACCUCAGCGAGCGCGAAGAUCUUGAGCGCGGUCUUUCAGCCCAUCAGCGCGCAGUCGAUCUCACUCCCAACGACCAUCCCGACAAAGCACGGUAUUUGGACGGCCUAGGAAGCUCGUUGCUCGUGCGUUUCGAGCGAACCGCGCGCUUGAUAGACCUCGAUGAGGCCAUUCUUGCGCGUCGUCGCGCAGUAGAACUCGCACAGGACGGCCACCCUGAUAAGGCUCACAGGCUUGGCAACCUGGGAAACUCGCUCAAUGCGCGUUUCGCACAUACGGGAGAGCUCGAGGCUCUCAAGGAAUCGAUCUCGACGAACCACCGGGCGGUCGAGCUGACGCCCGAUGAGCAUCCGGACAAGGCGUCAUUGCUCAACAAUCUGGGAAACUCGCACCUCGAACACUUCCAAAGUACAGGAGCACUCGUGGAUCUCGAGCAAGCCAUUACAGUGCAUACACGCGCGGUCCAGCUCACGUCUAAUAAUAUGGGAUGCGUUGCCAAUCCAGUGCUGUAUAGCAACCUAGGCAACUCGUUUCUCGUGCGCUUCGAGCGUAUGGUCGAACCUGGGGAUCUUAGCGAGGCUAUAGCCUUACACCGUCGGGCAGUCGAGCUCACCCCGGAUGGGCAUCAUGAUCAACCCUCGAGGCUUCAAAGUCUGGGUGCUGCGCUACUUAGACGCUUCGACUCAGAGAGCUUGGCAGAGGAUGAUGAUCUCGAGCAGUCCACUUUGUUUUUCCGGCGCGCGAUUGAACUCACCGCCGAUGAGGAUCCCCGAAAGCCUAUGAUACUCGGAUGGUACUGCACAGCCCUCUGCAAGCAAUAUGAGUGUACUGGGUCCACGGCCACAGUCUCGGAUGCUAUCUCCGCGGGAAAUCUGGCCCUCAAGCUUGCUCCAGAGCGCUAUCCGAAUCUUUGGUUAUAUCAUCAUAGCCUCGCAGAGUGCUAUCUUCGACGCUUUGAGAGCCUUGAAUGCUCUGAUGAUAUAGAGAAAACUGUGCGUUUGUUCUCGAAGGCGGCGGAUCUUAUCGCCGAUAGCGACCCAAGGCGGUCUGAUCUCUUGCACGACCUUGGUUGUGCUCAGAGGUUGCUAUUCCGGCACACCAACAUCCGAACGGACUUCAACGUAGCCGUUGAGUCUUUCCUCGAGUCGGCACUACACCGUAUCGGGAAUCAUCGGAGCCGUCUGAGCGCGGCGAAGAGCUGCAUAGACAUGUUAUCCGAAUGCCCUUCGUUCGACACAGUCCAAGCGCCCAUAUUGAUGAUCGCGCGCAUCAUAACCGCUAUUGUUCCUGACAUCGUCUGGUUGGGCUUCAAUGUCCAACGACGCUACAAGGAGUCCUUUCAUAUGGGUGCCCUCAUCAACUCCGCGGUGUCGGUUGCGGUAUCCUUGGGAGCAUUGGCACAGGCUGUGGAAUGGUUGGAAGCGGGAAGAGCUUUGAUAUGGGCACAAGUCUCGUCCCUGCGGACGCCACUCGAUGACUUACGUGAAGUCAGCCCCAGGCUCGCAGAUGCUCUCCAGGAUAUUCAACAACAGCUACGGGAUUCUGUCCCUAGCAACCUCGCGUUCGAGGCUGGAGAUAUUCUCAGCUAUGCGGCCGACUCCGCGGCGACUCAUCAUCGCCAGCUUGUUAUUCAGCGAGAAAAUCUGCUGGUGGAGAUCCGCGCCCUUAUAGGCUUUGGUGGGUUUCUCCUCCCGAUCAGCUUCGAGGCCAUUGCACCAUCACUGGUGCAUCUCAGUGGACCUGUCAUCUUCAUCAACAUCCAUCCCAGCCGUUGCGACGCGUUGAUUGUACAUCCCCACGGAGCUCUCACCUCCGUCUCUCUUCCUCAGCUCUCUCUGAAGAGAACGGAAGGCUUGCUGAACAUAUGGGUGACGCAAGUAGUUGGGUCUAUGGGGCGAGAACGCGGUUUAGUCCCAGUUGCGCCGCCGCGCGGUCAUCAAGAUGCGUUCACGCUGGUGCUCGAACGACUGUGGAUCUGGGUUGUGCAUCCGAUCUUGCAGUCUCUGGAUCUUCAUGCUAUGAUGGAAAAUGACCGCCUGCCGCAUAUCACCUGGUGUCCAACAGGAUGGCUCGCGUACCUACCGCUGCACGCGGCAGGAUUAUACAACGAAGCGUUCGGGCCGCGUGUGUUUGACUUUGUGGUAUCAUCGUAUGCACCGUCACUCAGCGCGCUCAUACGGAGCUGCCACAAGCCAGUGCAUUGUAGCGGGGCCGCACCCCGAAUGCUGCUCGUUACGCAGUCAGCAACGCCCGGCCAAAGCGCUCUACCAGGGACCAUCAGAGAGCGCGAGAACCUCUUGCAGGCGCUUGCACCAUCCGACAUCGAAACCACCAUCCUCGACGGCGGGGACGCGACAGUGGACGCUGUCCGGGGUGCUCUGUCACAGCAGCGCGCCACAUGGGUACACUUGGCGUGUCAUGGUUCGCAGGAUAUGUUUGCGGACCCAACGCAGAGCGCCUUCAUGCUACACGACGGGCGCCUCUCACUCACUGAUCUCAUGAACACCGUGUCCGACGGUUCCGCGGAACUAGCCUUCCUCUCCGCCUGCCAGACCGCCGUCGGCGCCUUGCAGAACCCGGAAGAAUCUGCGCAUCUCGCGGCGGGAAUGUUGGCGGUGGGAUUCAAGGGGGUCGUCGGUACGACCUGGUCUAUCAGGGACGAUGACGCGCCUAUCGUUGUGGAGGCGUUCUAUAAGAAGCUACUCGCAUUGCGCAGCGAUGGGAUGCUAAGGAAGGGAGAGACGGGCGCGGCGUAUGCCCUCCAUGAGGCUACGAACGUUCUGCGGGCGAGAGUAGGCGACGAUAGCUUCAUGCGAUGGGUACCAUUCGUGCACUUCGGCGCUUGA